AACAAAUCGAAUCAUUUUCGACAUACAACAAUGAAUUUGAAUUCAUUCGGACAUUCUUUCGAUGAUUGAAUGUCACUCGAUGAGCUAAGAUCAAGUUCACAAGUUUUGUGUAUGCCAAACAACAACAACAACAACAACAAUUGAAUUUGAAUCGUGUGUGUGUGUGUGUGUGAAUUUUAUGAUUUUGAAGAAAGAAAAAAAAAUCUGAAUAAUCAUGAAUAAUGGGCUGUGGUGCAUCAUCAUCAUUAUCAAAUACACAAAUUGUUCCGAUUAAUGCAACAGAAACUACGGUUGGAACAAAUUCCGAAAAUGCAAGACAACAACAACAAAAUUGGUCAACUAAAUCAUGGAUUCAUAAAAAUGGCAACAACAACAACAACAACAACAAUGGUGGUGGUGGUGGUGGUGGUGAUGUUAAUCAUCAACAACAAAAUCGUUCACGUAUUAUCAAUGGUUUUACAUUGCGUAUUUUAUUACCAUGUCGAUUUGUUGGUAAUAGUUCAUCGAAUAUGGAUAUCAAUGGUACAAUGUAUAAUGCAAAUGUUACUCAUAGUGAAGUACAAACCGAUUCGGAUACGAUUGGCUUUAAAUGUCAAUAUAGCCAAACUGAAUUGAUUAAUAUGAAUGAUGAAGAAUUCGAUGCAAUGAUUCAAGCAUUAGAUGAACAAUUUUUGAAUGAAUCAACGAACAAAAUCAAUACUAAUGAUCAAAUAAUCGAUAAUGAUAAUAGCCAUAAAACAUUCAAUUCAUUACAGGAACAACAAAAUUUUACCAAACGAUUAUUCAUCAAUGUUGCCGUGCAGGCAACCAAGAAAAAAUCUACACGUUCAACUCAGACAAAAUUUGGUUCAAUUGAUCAUUGUUUUCUACCCGAACUGACAUUACCAUCGAAUCAACAUGAAUUGUUACGUAUAAGUGAAAAUCUUACCAAAGCCAUCGUUGAUUGUAAAUCAAAUUCAAAUGAUAAUGAUCAAAUGGUUCAUCAAUUAUUGUCAUCACUAGAUGAUGAUGAUGAUGAAUUUGAUUCCAAUAUUGUUAAACCGGAUGAAAUUGUUGAAAAAGUAAAGAAAACAUUAUCAAAAUUUGAUAAUGGACAACAAAAAACAGCAAACAAUUCAUCAUCGAUAAUAAAUCCAACGAUUGUCAGAAAAAUUCCCAGCGAAACAUUAUGGCGUUCAAAAAGUAAAGGUUUAAUGAAACAACAAAAAGUACAGGAUUGUAUAUUUCUACUGUUGGAUGAUAUACGAAAGAAAAAAUCUUUGGAUCAAUUAUUACCAAAUACUAAUAAUGUUGUUGUUGCUGCCGUACAGAAAAGAGAUGUUUCAUUGCAAACCACAAAUGAUAUAUUGACAGAUGAAUCACCAGAAUAUGCUGCCCGAUCACCAUUAUGUCAUAAAAAUGAAAUGAUACCAUCAUCAUUAAUGUUUCGUGAUAUUGAUGAAAAAAUGCUUGAUGCACCGGAUUUUGUUCGUACACAAGAUAUAGCACAAUAUGUAUGUAAAUUUGCCAAAAAUGAUCUGUUCAAAAUUCGUGCCCUGUUCACAUGGAUCACAAGAAAUAUUCGUUUCAAUUCAGAAACUAUUGAAAAAAAUUUGAUUUCCACAGAGAUUCUUGAACAAAAACAAGGUAAAAGUAAAGAUUAUUGCCGCCUUUUCGAUGAUGUAUGUCGAUUGAUGGGUGUACGUGUGAAAAAAAUCGAUGGUUUCGUACGUGAUUAUCAUUAUCGUCCGGGAUAUCAUUUUCAACCAGGCAAAGAUGCUAUCUCAUCAUGGAAUGCUGCAUUUGUGUUGAGUUCAUGGCGUUUUAUUGAUCUAACAUUGGCGGCUGGUUAUGCUGAUGCUUCCGGAGAAUUUCAUGCCAAAACUAAUGAACAUUAUUUUCUUACCGAUCCAGCCGUUUUGAUAUGGACACAUUUUCCAUAUAGUGAUGUGGAAGAAAAUUAUGAGAGAUGGCAACUAUUGGAUAAACCAAUAAAAUUGGAUGAAUUCAACGCCCAACCUAAAGUGAUGGAACAUUUUUUUGAAUAUAAUCUAAGCAUACGAUCUAGAAUUCAUAAUCCAUUAGAAUUUCGUAUAUCUACAGAGGUGAAAAUUGGUAGCCACGAAGCAAUGCGUUAUAAAUAUAAAUUAUAUGCGGCUGAUGAACAAGAAAAUUCAUCACUUAAUUAUUAUGUUUUUUGUCAAUUGAAAGAAGAUCGUCUUGUUGGUUCAUUUAUGGUACAGCCACCAUUAGCUGGCCGUUUUAUACUUAAAAUAUUUGCCAAACCAGAAAGAGAAAUGCAAGGUAGUCAACAGGACCUAUCACAGCCAUUAGAUCCAAUAAUAAUGAUUCUAUUGGAAUGUACAAAAGCCCGAAAAUAUAUUGAACCAUUUCCAUUGAAUGAAUUACCAUGGGGAUUGACACAAAAAUUUUAUGAUUAUAAACUCAAAAUGGUUAAUCAAAAAGGACCAAUCAUUGUUACAUGGGGUGGACGACGACGUCUAGUAAUGGAAUCAAUAGAAACAAUGUUAAUCACCUAUUCACUUUAUGAUUCUGAUUCAUUGGAAAUGGAUACUAGAAACAUUAUCAUACGUGAAGAUAAUGGUUUCAAAACAAUUUUCACCAUCAAUCCACCAAGAGUUGGUACAUUCAAAUUCAUUCUAUUUGGCAUGCCAAAACCUAAACAAAAAGGUAAAUGGCGUUUACCGAUGUUGGCCACAUUGAUGAUUGAUUGUAAAUUGAUUAAACCACUACAACAUGAUGAAGAUAUGACAGUGGCGCAAACAACAACGCACACAACAAAUGAUGAUAAUAAUAAUAAUAAAAAUGAUAAGAAAUCAAAAUCAAAAAAAUAAUAUUUAUUUUAAGUAAAAUUGGUCAAAACAAUGUGAUUCCAAGUUGUUAAAGCUGCUACUAUCAUUUAAUUGUUUGCCUUGAUUCGAUUGAUCAUUAUUAUUAUCAAUUAUAAGCCCAUCAUCAUCAAUAUGAUGUAAUUAAUUUACUUUUACAUACGCAAUAACUAGUCAUCAUUUUAUUUUAAAAUUUAAAUUAAAUAUAUACUAUUUUUUUGAA